AUGAAGUUCCAUACUACGACGCGUGUUCUCCUCCUAUUGCCAGCGAUUACUACUGUACUUUCAGACAAGGUUUCGGAAUAUAACAACGGCAAUGAGAUUUCUGUUGCCGAACGCGAUACCUCUACGGUCAACGCGGUUGUCCCAGGUCUCGAUGAGCUCGCACCUAAGCCGUCUCCAAGAGGGACGCAGGACGCCCCAGUCGACGGCAAAGAUGGCAGACCCCACGCUGGCCCCUGGGUGGAGACGAAUGCGGAGCGAGAUCGCAAGAGUUCUGGAACACUGAAUGAACAAGCUCAACAAAUCGCCGAGUCUGCCGAACAGCUGGACUCUAAUGGGAGGCCGAUUCCAUACUCGAACGAUGGUGUCAUGGACGACCGUAACAGGGCCGCGCCAAAAGAAGGCACUCGUGGGACAGAGGGGGGUGUCUCUGGAAAGUUGAAGGACAGUACUUAUAGUGGGGAUAAAUCGCCGGGAAGCCCGAAAGAAGCACCUCCGCUACCCCACAGCGAAGAACAGAAGCUUCCAAGUACAGGAGACAACAGCGGGAAGGACACCAAAGGUUACAGCUCUGAUUCAACCCUUGGUGUACUCGAGAGACCCGCAGAUAUGCCAGGCAAACCGCAUGAUAUUCCGCUUCCCAAGUCCCCCACCACCGUUAAAGAUGGUCUCGUCGGCUUGAAUAAAGAAGGCUCUUCGACAGCUGGCAAUAAAGUACCCCCUGAGGAAGAAAGGGAUGCAUUCCAUUCGCUCCUAUUCUCCUUUACCAUGAUCGUUGUUUCCGAGAUUGGUGACAAAACAUUCCUGGUGGCCGCUCUCAUGGCGAUGAGACAUCCGCGCCUGCUUGUUUUCUCUGCGGCGUUCUCAGCGCUGAUUGGCAUGACCGUUCUCUCCGCUGUUUUAGGUCAUGCUGUUCCCUCGUUGAUUCCCAAGACGUUCACCAAGUUCCUAGCCGCUGUAUUAUUCUUUGUCUUUGGCGCCAAGAUGUUGAAAGAGGGUCGGGAAAUGUCUCCCGAUGAGGGUGUUGGCGAGGAGAUGAGAGAAGUAGAGCAGGAGCUAGAGGAGAAAGAGCACGAGCAACUGCGGAUGAGCCGCCGUCGGUCCUCGGUUACACCGCAUGCUUUGGAAGCUGGGCGGCUGGGACGUAAACCCCGGUCAUCCGCGAAUCGUCUUCCCUCGCCUCCCGAGAGUUUAUCUUCCUCUUCCUCUCGUGGAUCAUCGCCUCAACCCGGCCAGAGGUGGAAUGAUCUCCUUGUUGGCCUGAACAACUUGUUCUCUCUUCUCCUCAGCCCCGCUUGGGUGCAGACUUUUGUCAUGACAUUCCUUGGCGAAUGGGGUGACCGUAGCCAAAUCGCGACCAUCGCCAUGGCUGCCGGGCAAGAUUAUUGGUUCGUAACCAUUGGCGCGAUUACUGGACAUGGUCUUUGUACUGCAGCAGCAGUCAUUGGGGGCAGUGCUAUUGCUGGUAAAGUCAGCAUGCGUGUCGUGACACUUGGCGGCGCUGCAGCCUUUUUGGUUUUCGGUUGCAUUUAUCUGCUGGAGGCGUUGUUCUAG